AUGGAGAUAUCAAGACUCUUAACUAGAUUCACCACACCGCCACGCCACUGUUUUUCGUCGCCAGCCGCCACCGUCAUAGAUCGGACGCCGAUACAGCUCCGUCCCCACUCGUGCCUCGCCUCCGUCCCUGCUCUCCGCCCCUGCCGCCCCUGCUCUCCGACCCCGCUCGUGCCUCGCCGCCGCCGCCACUCUCCGUCCAGGCCAUUGUUUGCAGGAAGUUUUCUUAGUAUUGUUCAAAUCUUGCUGGAUCAAAUGGCACAUGAUGAAAUGCGCAUUGUUGGAUGUGAAUCACUGUUUUACUUCAUAAAUAAUCAGGAAAUGAAAAAAAAGUUACCUUUACAAGAGAAAGGUCAGAUCUCGGAGAAAGAUAGAUAGCCAUUGAAGCAGAAAGUGGGUGCUGCAUAAAGCACACCACUAUGACUUUACAAAGGGGAGACGAAGGGAUCGUGGUUUUUGUGUCUUAGGAUUUCAACAUU